CGACUAUAUAUUUUUUGUUUCCUCGCCAUCAUGAGCUGCUUCGGCUGCAGCCGCAAAUAUGGAUUAUUUAGCAAAGAGUAUGGGUGUCCCAACUGCGGCUUCUCCUACUGCUCAAAGUGUCUGAAGAGGCCAAUACCGGUACCUCGGUUCGCAGGGAAGGUGCUGAAUGUCUGCUUAAUUUGCUACGAUAAACUGUCCAAGAUACAGACCUGUAUCGAUCAUGAAAAAGUCAUUGACUGCGAUGCAUUGCCCGGGGAACUUGUUACCAAACUGCGCCUACCACAUCCUUUAAAUAGUUCCACCCGGUUGGAACUCGAAAAGGCAGACGUACUUUUCAACAGUGUUUUGCCGUCUGAGGAACUGGCAGCAGUUCUGGCACCCAUAAGGACCGCAGGGGACUCUACAAAAGAAGACAUUGAAGAAAAUUUGGAUAGUGCAAUAGCAAAACGAUUGCAGAAUCUUAAAGAUGUCGAUGCAACAGACGAUGAAAUUCGGACACGUCUCGCUAACAUAAGUGGCCUUACCGAUCAAAAGAACUACUACAAAAAGGAUUUGCUGCUUUCCACGGAUCAAAGAAGUGACCAGGAAAAAAUUAAAGAUUUGCUUGAUCAGUUUAUGGAUGAAACCCAGUUGGAUCAGAAAGUGGAAACCCAACGUAACGAUGCGAUUUCCGACAUUGAACGACGUUUGUGUGCACUACGGAAUGCCCCACUUGAUAAUGAGGCAGGUACGGGUGCAAAGCUAUCGAAAACUUUAAAUACUCCCAGCGAAAACGAGGAUGAAGAAAUGAUCCUAAGAAAUGUAAUAAAAAAGUACGUUGCAGAAUCAAGUUUACUAACUGGGCAAAGCAACCUAAAUGAUGGCGUUGAGGGUGAGCUGGCCAAAAAUAGUAUUACUGAGGAGCUGCCUUGGUGUAAUAUUUGUAAUGAGGAUGCCGUCUUUCGUUGCCGUGGAUGCGAUGGCGAAUUAUUCUGCUCCCAGUGCUAUAGAGAAUAUCACGACGAUGAUGAAGAGUAUCGAGCGCAUGUUAAGUUGGAGUACAGUUCUCCGCCUAAAUUUACAGAAAACCACUUCUAGUUCAGUGUUUCGGCUCAUUGUUUUUUAUUUGUAAGCUUAUUUUUCCUGCUAAGAAUGAAAAAAAAUUUGUAAUAUACAAUCAAACUAUUUAUUAGAUAGAUGGUUAACAUUUAUUGCGCCAACUAAGGUUUUCAAUAAAUUUACUAAACAGCCUGACGGAGGCGAAUAUUGUUGAUCAGAA